AUGGGACUCUCAGCUGAGGUUGGAAGGCGCAGGCAGGCGCCCUGGAGAGAAUUCACAGAGAGGCACAGGACGGAACCCUCCAAGGAAAGAAGAAGGGCCCCCAGAAAGGAGUGCUCUAGGGGCUCCAGGCAGCCGAGGAAACGCGGACGUGAGCACCGUGAUUGCACUCCCAGGUGCACCAACGCUGCCAGAGUGAACAGAAGCGGAGCCCGCAGAGCGCCAGGCUAUGCCGGGAGAUGGAUCACGAUGAAAAACAGAGCCAGAGCAUGGCGGGAACUUUCCGAGAGGGCAUGUUGUUUCCAGGCGGUUCCACCUUCUAAUAUGAAACAGUCUUGGUUGAUUUUCCUUGAUACUACUUUAUCCUCGGCCUGGUUGUUGGCAAGUAGCUACCCGCGUCUGUACACGCCCUUGAUUAGUUUCCACUGCAUGUGUUUUAACGCAGUGCUCCUUUUUCCACGUUUAUUUGGGCCAACCCUGUCUGUAAAGAUCCAGUUUAAUACAAAUUUGAGUCUAGGUGCUAUAGCCUGGAAAUGUACUAAAGGCACUACAACAUAUUGCUGA